CUGGUGACAGAACCGACCCCUGCCUCUCCUCAGCCUGAGCUGCCGAGACCCUUGGCUGUUCGGAAACGUUUGUAAUCCCCUACCUGGGCAUCCUCAUUCUGCUGCAAGGUAUGAAAUAAACGGAGGAUUUCCAGCUUCCCUGCAGAAUUCCAGGCAGAUGAGUAUCAGCAGUCUGUUCCCUGCUGCAUGGCCUAGAUCCUCCACCAGGAACACAAUGAAAAACUGACUCUGGAGCAUGACUUGAACAGACCGAUGAGAAAAGGUAAUUCUCUAAUGGACCAAUGAAAGCCGACGAUGACAAGUUGUGGUCAACAGUCCUUGAAUGUGCUGAUGGUUCUACUGUCAUUACUCUUGUCAGCAGUGUUGUCUGCACAUUUUCGGGUCUGCGAGCCAUAUACGGACUACAAAGGUCGCUACCACUUUGGUUUUCACUGCCCCCGUCUUUCUGACAAUAAAUCUUACAUCUUCUGCUGUCACCAUAACAACACCGUAUUUAAAUACUGCUGCAAUGAGACAGAAUUUCAGACUGUUAUGCAGAUGAACUUAACAGGGAAUGCAGAUGGAUAUAUGCAUAACAACUACAGUGCACUGUUAGGAGUGUGGAUCUAUGGCUUUUUUGUGGUGAUCUUGCUGGUACUGGACCUUUUGUAUUACUCUUCAAUGAACUAUGACAUUUGCAAAUUCUACCUGGCGCGGUGGGGAAUCCAGGGAAAGUGGAUGACACAGGGACAGAGCCAGUGGAUUAACCCUGCUCAGGAUCCAAGCCAAGUACAGACACAGCCUCAGCCAGAGACGCAGCCUCAAACUCAGCUACAGCCUCAAACAUCACAGACAGUACAUACUUUAAAAGGAGAUGCUUUAAGCCCACCCCUGAUGUCUUUUCAGAGUACAUCUGCCUGCGUUAAGCGGGGAAUGUGUGUUAGGAUCAGUAUGGAAACCCUCUGAGGGCUGCCCAAAGGCCGCGCGGUCGGCAGGUCCCGGUGGUGGAUGGACCUUCUGCAACCCAAACACCGCCCCGGCUGCGAGGGAACGAGGGCGAACGGCGGCGCUCGGCCUCGCCGCGGCUCCUCCAGGGCACGAGCCCGUGUGAGAAGCCGCCUCUGGUGAGCCCUGAGCCGGCUUUGCACAACUGGAGGUCACACGGCAACAAGCAGCAGGCAAACCCUCGCUACUGCUCAGCAAAGCACACGCCAGGGAGGCAAUAAAAUGAAGUAUUGCAAGUUGUGGAACCAAAAUCCUGACUCCUGCAAAAACGUGUUCUCACAACCGUGGGAAUAUUGUUAAUUAUUAACGACUAAACAAGGUCGGACUGAGCAAGGAAGAGCGCACACGAGGCAGCGUGGGCCAGGGCAGCCCAGCAGUUCCUCCACAUUCUCCGUGUCUGUGCUGUGUUCCAGAUGUGAGAGGGGAAGGGAUGAACACGGUCUCUCUGCCUUGCUCUGGCGACGUUAAACUCCUCCCCGCCUCCAGCAGAACUGUGUUCAGGAGUAUGAGCCAUUUCAGGAACUAUCAAAUGAAAAACAUUGCUACUAAUUGAAAAAUACUUGACUUUCAGAAUCAUAGGAUUACUUCAGAAACCAUUAUUCACAAAAAUUAUAUUGAUGUGCCUCAAGAUGGGAGAGGUAAGAUCAGACUUCGAGGAGCAGCUUUCAAGGAAAUCAACUGAAUGACAAGAGUUGAAAAAAAAAAGAUGGGUAAGCAGGAGAGAGAAGGACUACAAGAAGGAGAUUGAGCAAGUCACCUGAAGAGAAACACCGCUCAGACAACUUCUCCAGGCAGAUGAUACGGAAGGAGCCUCCAGAAGAAAGUAGUCUGUAAGCAAUAUUCUAAUUCUAGGCAGACACUCUUAUCUCUGAAAGGCAGCAUCAUAUGUGAGGAAAUGCUCAAUAGGAAGAAAAUCAAGUUGCUCUGGCAAAACCACACAAAGGUGGAAAAAGAUCACAACACAAACCUUUGGUAGAUAACAUUUCUUUGCCUCCCCAUCUGUCUAUUGCCAUUUGAGCCUAAUCUAAGUGUCAGAAUACUGAAUGUGAGUUUUUCCAAAGUUCUCUGGUGAAUAUUUUGUCACAAUAGGGUAGGUGCUGGCAAUCUCCAUCACUCUUAACCAUUAUGGUCACAUGCUUCACAAGGUAAGUGAAAGCCUUUCAUGGAGUCACACUGCAGGGUAGCAACUGUUUGUACCUUAGUACAGAUGUUAAGGUCAUUGGCAAUGAUUCUGCUAAGACAUCAGAGCUCUGAGCACGUCUUGGCUCCAGCUUCACGCCCCCUCCCGAAGAGGGGUGCUUGUUAAGAAGCAACACAGACACCCCAUUCCACCCUCAUCCUCUUUGAAGCUGAAAGAGAAACAGAAGAAAAUCAACAAACUAUAUCUUUUAAAAGCAAUAAUACCAUUGUCCCUCUGCUUUACAAGGCAAUAAUCCAAUUCCUUCAGCCACCAACUGGCUUUGGAGUUUACCCCUCACAAAUCUAAGAAUUCAUUUGCAAGCCAGAAAGGCAGCGAUGCCGCCACAGGAGUAUGUGGAGUGCUUGGUCUCGAGGAUGCAAUAGCUUGACCUGACUUUCCAUAGGACAGGUUUAUUUUGAAAUCAUACACUGUCAAUUACAUGAGCAAAUCAUGUGAAAUUCAGUUAUUUAAGAUAGACACAUGGAGAGCCUGGCAAGGGCAGCCCAACAGAGGAGUUCACCUAGAAAUUGCAACACAAAGCCAUGAUAAUGCCAGUGGAUCCUUCCUUAAUUUGUCCUGCAGAUCUGAAUAUCUUUUAAAUAACCAUAUAUUUUACUGCAUAGCCAACAGGAGGAACACUUUGUCAAUCAACAAUCAAGUUUCCCUUUUGUACCUCUUUGAUUUAAGGGAAUUUUAGUCUUCUGUUGAACUCCCAGGGGACGGACUGCUGAGUGGUUUGAGCUCAUCCACAGCUACCAGAGGGCACAAUGGUAGUGACUAAAGCCACGCAGGGACAAAUAGUGCUGGGGACACAGCGAGGCCGGACAGCACGGGGGUGCCCAGUCUUCAGGGAAGGCCCAGUGUGUGUAGGAUACCAGUAUGCUCCUGUGUCGUGGCUUAAGCCCAGAGGGCAACUGAGCACCACACAGCUGCUCGCUCACUCCUCCCCCCGUGGGAUGG